GAGUGCCUUGACGCCAUUACGUACGAUAAAUACGUGCUUGGUUGUAAUGGACGGGAAGGAAGCCCCAUGAUUGUAUCAAGUGGUCAGGUCGCCACUUGUUUGGGAAUUUAACCUUUUCCGUCGUGUGUUAAAUGCCUGUUGGAGUGUGUGUGGGGUGACUGGUGCGGAUUGAAUCGUUGGUAGUCAUGGGACUUGUUUACGAUAUUUAGGCAACGUGCUAAGCUGUGUUCACGUUAAGGUUAGCUUGUACACAUAUUAACAUUCAGGUGGGUACGAGAACCACCUUGUUUAUUAAAUUGGACUGAAUGCCACUGUUACAUACAUGUUAGCAAAGAGACUCGAGAACUAUUAAAAACCGUUUUUUUUUGACAAAAUGAUCUAAACGUGUAGACUCGAUGGUGACCUUCCAGACUUUGUGUCUACUCUCACUUCUUGAAUGGAUACUCGCCACUUCUAACGGAUUAAUAGCUUGAUAUGAAAUGUUCUGUUGGAAGUAACACCGAACAGGAGCGUCAUUCGGCACAUCUUGUGGAACUUGUAGUUUUGUGUUUUUGCACUUCUGAACUAUGCCUUGCCCUUCUGUGAAGAAGUUGAUGUGUCUUGGAAAUCACGUAGCGAGUCUAACCUUACGCGUAAGCCCACUUCGUCAAAUUCACACUUCAACAUGCAACUCUUCAGCCGAACCAAAAUAUGCAUUCAAACCUAAAAAAGUAGCGGUGGUUACCAAGACGACCCGAUACGAGUUCGAACAGCAACGUUAUCGGUAUGCAGGACUCUCCGAGGAGGAUCUGAAGCAUCUGCUUGCUUUGAAGGGUUCCAGCUACAGUGGCCUGCUGGAAAGACACAACAUCCACACAAACAACGUGGAACAUAUUGUGAAAAGUCUACAGAAAGAAGGAAUUGAAGUUAAAGUAGUGAAAAGGGGGGGAUAUGAUUCCGAAGUAGUGCAAUGGGCAGAUGCCAUCAUAUCUGCUGGAGGUGAUGGGACAAUGCUGCUUGUUGCCAGUAAGGUGUUGAGCAAGGAGAAACCAGUUGUUGGAGUAAACACAGACCCUGAGAGGUCAGAGGGUCAUCUGUGCUUGCCUGUAAAGUACACUCGCAAAUUCCCAGAAGCUCUGGGGAAACUCUGCCGUGGUGAGUUCAGGUGGCAGUGGCGACAAAGGAUUCGACUUCACCUUGAGGGCACUGGAAUAAAUCCCACUCCGCUAGACCUGCAUGAACAGCAGCUGAGCCUGGAGCAACACAGCCAGGCCCAUCGCAUCACCACCAUGGACCACCAGCAGAAGACCGGACUACUGAAUGAAAGCGUCUCCAAGCCCAGUCUUCUUCCCGUCCGGAGCCUGAAUGAAAUCUUCAUCGGAGAAUCUCUGUCGUCUAGGGCGUCAUACUAUGAGAUCUCAGUCGAUGAUGGUCCAUGGGAAAAGCAGAAAAGUUCAGGGCUCAGCAUUUGCACAGGAACAGGAUCCAAAGCUUGGUCAUAUAACAUCAACAAACUUGCUGAACAAGCGGUGAAUGAGAUCCUAACAAUAGGAAAAUGUCAAACGGGCCUUGCUAUUCCACUAAACCCUGAAUUUAUUGAUAAAGUUACUGACUGGUACAAUGAGUCAUUGGUGUUCAGUCCAGAGGACAGACGCUUGUUCUUCAGCAUCCGAGAGCCAAUCGUAAACAGAGUGUUUUCAAGCAGCCGGCAGAGAGGCUUCGCCAGCAAGGUGUGCGUUCGCUCUCGGUGCUGGGACGCCUGCAUGGUGGUGGACGGUGGUAGCUCAUUUGAGUUCAAUGACGGCGCCAUUGCAACAAUCAGCAUGAGUGAGGACGAUCAACUCCGCACAGUUGUUCUGGAUAACUGAGGGAAGUCUAAAGCAGAUAAAACUGGCUUCUCCUAAGAUGUGUAAAGCAUUACAGAACCAUGUGGCUGGUAGAUGAACAGAUCUUUUUUACAGGUAUUAAGAAAAAGGGGGGGGGGGUAAUUUCUUCCUCUUGCCCUGUUAAUUCUUAUCUUUAUCCAAUUUAUAAUUAGGUGAUGCAAUACUUGACUGAAUCAACACCAAAAUAAUAAAAGCGAACGGGACAUUCAGCCACUUGCAGGUCCCAUCUGCGCAUGUGAGAAUCAAGUGUAUAAAAGGAGGCUACCAAACAAAUGGCUUUGAAUGAUAGUACAAACCGUGCAGGUGUUGGAAAAAAAGUAUACCGUAAUUUUCAGACUAAAAGUCGCUCCGGAGUACAAGUCUCAUCAGCCAUAAAAUGCCCCAAAAAGUAAAAAAAAAACCCAUAAGUCGCUCCGGAGUAUAAGUCGCAGUUUGGGGGGCAAUUUAUUUCACAAAAUCCAAAACCAAGAACCGACAUGAACGAGCAACAACAGGCUAAACGAUAGGUAUGCUAACGUGACAAAACUCAAAGAGGUGAGAACGGGCCUGACGUAACAUUGUUAUUGAAAAAAAACUAUUACAUAAAUAACACUUUUAUAAAACCAUCUGUCUCACUCCGAUCCAUUAAAUCCAUCGAUCGUCCUUUGUCAACAAUGGGUGCGCGCCGCUGACGGCGCUUGUACUUCAAAAUAUUCCACAGGCCCAUAUAACUAUAUAAAUUAGAUAUCAAAUAACUAUUACCGUAACCUUUUUUUUCAUAGUUUGGGUGGGGGGGCGACUUGUACUCAGAAUUUCUUCACAAAUUUUUACUUGAUCAUUACCACAUCACUUACAAGUAUAGUUGACCACUUCACAUGUUAUUUUUAGUAUAGUUGAUCACUUCAGAUGCUUUGAUAUCUUUAUCUUGAACAUAUUCAAAUAUGAAAAAUAGAGAGAAAAAAUCAAAUAAAGUAAUUAACACUUUAAAGCGCCAUAACCUCUGGACAUGUCCUCCCUCUGUCACCAGGAUGACAAAGGACGAGAAAUUUGAUCGAUGGAUGUAAUGAUUUAGAGUGAAAUUUUUUUUGAAAUUUUUUUAAAAAAAACAUAAGUCGCGCCUUAUAAGUCGACCCCCCCCCCCCCCAAACUAUGAAAAACCCCGCAAUUUAUAGUCCGAAAAUUACGGUAUGCCUUAAAUAACUGCACUGUCCCAUGCUUGAGCAUUGGUGUAAAAAGAAUCUUUUCAAAGAAUUGGUUACCUCUGUUCAAUUAAUCAAGCAAACAGAUAAAAAAGACUGACCAAAAUAGCAAUUGUUUUGACCAUAUUUUCUUUGUCAAUAUCUUGAAACUGAUUAGGAAGAGACGGACGGGCAAUAUGGCAAGCAAGGUGACAGGGAGUGAAACCCAAUGCGAUCAAUCUGACGGAAAUAAUUUACUGUCAGCAUUUGAACCAUAUUUUUCAUGUUUUAUUUAAAAUAUCAGCUUUUUCCAUUGACUCCAUUCAAAGUUGGUUGCUGAAGAGCCAGAGAUCUGCAAGUGGCCUAUUGUGUUUGUGCUUGUGAUGUUCCUAUUUCCUCUAUUCAAGUUUCUAUUGGGAGAGGUAAAACAGAUUUGUUUGAAAAGAUAUUUUUGUAGUUGUACUAGUAUAAAAUAAGAUUUAAAAGCAAACAUCGCACGAAAGGGAGAAUUUAAAACCAAGAGGAGCCUUUUGCUUCUUGUCUUAGGUCAACUGCUAAGUAGAAAGCGCAAUAAAAUGUGAAUUGUUUCCAAGAUUGAGUGUUGAUACAUUGCAGAUGCAUAUUAAAUAUGAGAGGGCUUGUAUGGAAGUAUUAAGUCAUACUGUGAUAUGCAAUGUGCCAUGAGAACUUUCUAUGUUAAUGUGUUCAGUGUCAAAACAUUUUCUGUAACACGGGCCCUGUUUCAUUCAACGAACAGCAGUCUGUGAUAUUAUCUGAUACAAUAAAGGUAAGAUUGGUGCUUAAUCUUAAA